GGUUUUAAAGAUUGUCUGUCUUCCGCAACAGCAACCACCGUCCCAGCAUAUAUCGCCAAUUUUUGGUUAAUUCGCAAAAAUGGCAGCUGUUGCAACCAAGGAUAUCGCUGAUUUCAGCAUUAAGCCUGAAUCAGUCACUCCUAGCAUCCCGACAUCUGAGUGGCCUCUGCUUCUCAAAAACUAUGAUCAGCUUCUCGUCAGAACUGGUCAUUUCACCCCAAUUCCUGCGGGCUGCACUCCCCUCAAGAGAGAUUUGAAGUCGUAUAUCAGCUCUGGUGUUAUCAACCUCGACAAACCCUCGAACCCGUCCAGUCAUGAGGUUGUGGCAUGGAUGAAGAGAAUCCUCAGAGUCGAGAAAACUGGUCACAGUGGUACCCUCGAUCCCAAAGUCACCGGCUGUUUGAUCGUGUGCAUUGAUCGUGCAACCCGCCUCGUCAAAUCCCAACAAGGUGCCGGAAAGGAAUACGUGUGUGUCAUUCGUCUCCACGACAAGAUUCCCGGUGGUGAAGCUCAGUUUGCUCGCGCUCUUGAAACCUUGACUGGAGCCCUCUUCCAACGUCCUCCCCUGAUUUCCGCCGUCAAGCGUCAACUCCGUAUCCGAACUAUCCACGAAAGCAAAUUGUACGAAUUCGACAAUGACAGACAUCUUGGUGUUUUCUGGGUCAGCUGUGAAGCUGGUACCUACAUUCGAACUCUCUGCGUCCACCUUGGAUUGUUGCUCGGUGUGGGCGCACACAUGCAAGAACUUCGCCGUGUUCGCAGUGGAGCCAUGGACGAACAAGACGGAAUGGUCACUCUGCACGAUGUUCUCGACGCCCAGUGGUUGAUGGAUAACCAGCGCGAUGAGUCCUACUUGAGGAAGGUUAUCCGACCUCUUGAGAGCUUGCUCACUACCUAUAAGCGCAUUGUUGUCAAGGAUAGUGCAGUUAACGCCGUGUGCUACGGUGCUAAAUUGAUGAUUCCUGGUCUUCUCCGAUUUGAGGCCGGUAUCGAAGUCAACGAAGAAGUUGUGCUUAUGACCACCAAGGGUGAAGCCAUUGCUCUCGGUAUUGCACAGAUGUCUACUGUUGAGCUCUCCACUUGCGAUCACGGUGUGGUUGCCAAGGUCAAGCGGUGCAUUAUGGAGCGCGAUCUCUACCCUCGCAGAUGGGGAUUGGGUCCCGUCGCUUUGGAGAAGAAGAAGUUGAAAUCUGAUGGAAAGCUUGAUAAAUAUGGUCGCCCUAACGAAGCUACACCCGCCAAAUGGCAGAGCUCAUACAAGGAUUACAACGCGCCUCUAGAUGAACAAGCUGCUGCUGAGCCCGCCCAGAGGUCCGAGGACGCUCCGGCUCCUUCAUCGCCAUCAUCAAAGAUGGACGUUGAGGAGGACAAGGCCGAAGAAAAGCCCGAUGAAGAGAAGAAGAAACGCAAACACGACGGCGAGACCCCUGAAGAACGUGCCGAGCGAAAGCGUAAGAAGAAGGAGAAGAAGGAAAAGAAGGAACGACGAAAGUCCAAGCAAGAGAAAGAAGAGAGCGAUGACAGUGAUUAAGCAACCUGCUUUAUAAAGGAAAGUAGCAUGAUUUCGAGGGUGGUAGUUUUAUACGUACCGCUUUAUAUGUCCUGAUCAAAUUCGUUUGUAUCAUAUACAACUUUCUGUCCGGAGUUCAGGGUUUGCGGUUUCUUGAAUUGUUUUGUCUGUCUCUCUUUUGGUCUUGUUUUUGGGGAAAAGUGGGAGCCAUAACGUUUCUGGAAUCUUUUCUAUAUGUUCUAGUCAAAUGGAAUAGUAGCUUUUGUUCAUUUCAAGUCCAGCUUGCUGCACCAAUCUGUAGGAUUCUACUUCUAUCACGUUUAUCUAUCAACAAU